AUGUCUGAAAUAUCUCGAAAGGUAUCUGAUGAUAAAGGUCACCAAGUUUCAAAAGUACCUAAGGAGACUAUCCUUAUAUCGUCUAGUAAGAUGAUUGGUUCCCGCGCCGUAAGCACUAUUUCAAAACCUAUUAGUAUGACCCAGAGAGGUAUUUCGAAAUCCGUAUCAUCUAUAAAGCAUAAUAUUCCUUCCAAUACAUUAAUUAAAGGCCCGACUACUCUAGUGGGGAAUGUGUUGAAGGAUACAAUUCCUAGUGUUUCGAGGAGACCAACAGAAGAAGAAGAUGAUGAUAUUGCCAAAUCAAAAUAUAUGAUGCGAAGUAUAGCAGGUUUAUUAGGUACUGCGAGUGUAUAUGCAGGUAUGGAAAGUGCACAAGUGAUUAAUGAUUUAACACAACAGGUAAGUAAUGAGCUUUCUUUUAAAAAUAGUGAGCCAACGUCGCCGUUGUCUUCGCAGCCUCUCAAACCUCCCGUGGAACGAAAACCGACCUUAUUUGAAAUCUCUGUGGAACCAAAUGAAAGAUCAGAUACAACUUCGAAAAGUAUUCUUUCAAAAGAGGAUUCAGACCAGGCUUCAAGACAUAAGGCCCUAGAAGAAAAAAUACUUAAGGAAGAGAGUUCAAAAUAUUCUAUAUUCAAGACUUUAAGGACAAAAUUUAAACUAAAGGAUGAAGAUAUUAUGAUUUAUGACUCAACAGCAUGGUUAUUAAAGGAUGUGUUAAUUCAAGGUUAUAGUUUUAUAACCUUACAUCAUUUCUUAUUUUUCGCAUAUUUACCUAAACCAACAGGACAAGUACAAAUGACAGGUAAUAUUAAUCUAAAAUCUACUUUAAGAGGUGUUACUAGAUAUUGGUGUGUCUUGAAGGACAACUUAUUAUCUUUAUAUUCGAGUGUUAGUGAGGUUUAUUUCCCACUUGUGACAAUUGAUAUGAAAGAUGUCUCUAAGAUUGAAUUAAAAAAGAGUGACUCGGACCCUAAAACUUUCAGUAACACUUUUAAAGUAACGACAAAAGAAAAAACAUAUGUAUUUAUUGCUGAUUCGCCGCAAUCAGCUAAAUCAUGGUAUAAUACAAUAAAGAGACAACAAUUUGCGGUACAUAAUAGUGGGAAGAACCACAUCAGUUUAAAGAUUCCACUUGGAAAUAUACUGGAACUUGAUGAUGAAGAAAUAAUUAAUCAAUCAGUAACCUUGGUUGUAAAAGCAUUAGAAGGCCGAUUCUCGUAUGCUGUAGACGAUUAUAUUUUUAUGUUUCUAGAUAGCUCGGGGUCCAUUGUUAAACAAAAGUUACAAGAACAAUUGAACAAACUUUCAGAGAGUGGUGUAGCCAUUGCAUAUCAUACAAAAGCAACAGACUUGAAGAAUUAUACCUCUAUUGAUACUCAAUUAACUGAUGAUAAUAAUACUGAUAAUGCUGAUGGUAAGCCGGAUAAUGUAUAUUCUUCGAGCCAUACAGAAGAUUCUCCCUCAACGGAAACUGAUUUAAGCUCUCCGAUCGACUUCCCAAAUUCUGAAUUAAAGACAAGUUUACUCCAAAAACCAAUUUCUAAAAUCAAUAGAAUUAGAUCUAAGAGUGGUGACUGGAUCCACAACACAAGACCUGUUUCAUUUCUACUUAAUAGAAAUAGAGAGAAUACAAAAGUAGAAGAGAAUGUUGUCAUCGAGAGCAUAUCUGAUAUGCCUACUACCGAAUCAUCCAAUGAUCCGAAGUUGAUUAGAGCUGUUACAAAUGAAGAUAUAAAACAAAUAUCUCAUUCAAAAAGAGAUCAUCUACAGGACUGGACUACAAAACCAUUGAAAAAUCUAACCGAUAUGUGGAAAGCUAAACCACAACAUUAUGAAAACAGUUGUUAUGCAUUUAAGGAACAAGACAGAAAAAAUGCCAAUUUUAUUGAAGGAAAAGAUGCAGCCGAAGCUAAUAAACGAUUUGUAAAUCACUUCAAAUUAGCUAAAGAGAGGGACUUACUUUCUACUUACUAUGGUUACCUCAACAAAAAUGUUCCGACUUAUGGGAAAUUGUAUCUAGCAGAUAAUGUGCUAUGUUUCAGGUCUUUAUUACCUGGCUCACAUACAACAAUGAUCCUCCCAAUUUCAAAAAUCGAUACUUGUUAUACGGAAAAGAGUUUUAGAUUUAGCUAUUUUGCAUUAGUAUUAGUAAUACGUGGACAUGAAGAAUUGUUUAUAGAAUUCUAUACCGAAGCAUCUCGUGAUGAUAUGGAAUCUAUCUUGCUGGAUCGUAUUGCCACUUUGAAUUCACAAUCUGGGUCAGAUGGAGGAAAUUUCCAAAACGAUGCACUUGUUAGUACAGAUGCAUUUAUCGAAAACAAUCCAAGUUCCGCUAAAUUGAAGUUCUUCGAAGAUAAAAUAUCUUCGAAUGGAUUUAAUGUACCCCUCUUAAUAGAUCAGAACCCAAAUGUGAAAGUGAGUAUUAAAACAAAGAGAAAAUAUCAUAUUGGUCUACUCACCAUCGGUUCACGAGGAGACGUCCAGCCAUAUAUUGCACUCGGCAAGGGAUUACUAAAGGAAGGCCACAUAGUCACUAUCAUAACACAUGGGGAGUUCCGUGAAUUUGUUGAAAAGCAUGGGAUUAAUUUCAAGAGUAUUGCAGGUGAUCCAGCAGAACUGAUGUCGCUUAUGGUGGAACAUGAGUCAAUGAAUAUCGGUAUGCUGCGUGAAGCAACAAAGAAAUUUGGUGGGUGGAUAAAAGAUCUAUUAGAAACGUCAUGGACUGCGUGUAAGGACGAAAAGUUUGACAUAUUAAUCGAAUCCCCUUCUUGCAUUUCCGGUAUCCACAUUGCAGAAGCAUUAAGAAUUGCGUAUUUUAGGGCUUUUACUAUGCCUUGGACGAGAACAAGAGCGUAUCCUCACGCAUUUGUGGUACCAGACAAAAAAAGAGGAGGUAACUACAACUAUCUCUCUUAUGUUCUAUUUGAGAAUAUCUACUGGAGAGGUACGAGUGGAGCUAUCAAUAAGUGGAGAACAGAAAAACUAGGUUUAGGGAAAACAAGUUUAGAACAAUUGCAGCAAAACAAAGUUCCAUUUUUAUAUAACGUUUCGCCUACAAUUUUUCCUCCUUCCGUAGAUUUUAACGAAUGGGUGAAGGUAACCGGUUAUUGGUUUUUAGAUGAGCAAUCAAAUUAUACCCCUCCUAAGGAACUUAUAGACUUUAUUCAGAAGGCAAGGAAAUUAAACAAAAAACUAGUUUAUAUUGGAUUUGGGUCCAUUGUAGUUUCAAAUGCUAGCGAAAUGACUAAAGCAUUGGUCGAAGCUGUCAUAAAUGCGGAUGUUUACUGUAUCUUGAAUAAGGGCUGGUCUGAAAGGCUUAAUGACAAGUCAGCAAAAAUUGUGGAGAUCGAAUUACCAGAUUGUGUGUUUAAUGCCGGAACAGUACCUCAUGAUUGGUUAUUUCCGCAACUAGAUGCAGCUGUUCAUCACGGUGGAUCAGGUACUACCGGUGCAACUUUAAGAGCUGGGUUACCUACUAUAAUUAAGCCCUUCUUUGGUGACCAAUUUUUCUAUGCUAAUAGGGUGGAGGAAAUUGGCGUUGGCGUGGCAUUGAGGCAUUUUAACUCAAAGGCGAUGGCAGAAGCCCUCAUCGAGAUAACUACAAAAACGAAGUACAAAGAAAAGGCAAUGUUAAUAAGGAACCGAAUACUGAAAGAAGAUGGGGUGUCAACAGCAAUCAAUUGCAUUUAUGGCGAGCUAGAAUAUGCAAGAAGUUUAAUAUAUGCAAAAAACCCACCAAGGUCAGAUACGGAUGAAAUUGCAAGCCAUGCUUUAAUGCCGAUCGAUACCGAUACUAAAUCUAACACUAAUCACAAUAUUUCUACUAAUUCCAUGAUUGAAAGUAACGAGGAUAAAGAUUCAUGGGUUAUGUUGUGA